UUAUUACGGUCACACAUGGCUGCAGGCGUGGGGCUCUUUAGGACGAUUACAAACAUGGCACGGCACAAAUUCAUUGAUAUCGGUGUGAACCUGACAGAUCCGAUGUUCAGAGGAUUGUACAGAGGGAAGCAGAAACAUGAUGAUGACUUUGAUCAGAUCAUCGACAGAGCUCUUAAAGUCGGAGCUGAAAAGUUCAUGAUAACAGGAGGGAACCUGGAAGACAGCAGGGAAGCGCUGAAACUAGCUGAAAGCAGAGAUGAGUUUUACUGCACGGUCGGCUGCCACCCGACCCGCUGCAGCGAGUUUGAGCAGACGGGAGAGUCCCAGUACCUGUCGGGGCUCAGGGAGCUGGCGGCGGCGCACAGAGGGAAGGUGGUGGCUAUCGGAGAAUGUGGACUAGAUUUUGACCGGUUGGAAUUUUGCCCAAAGGAGACUCAACUAAAAUACUUUGAGAAGCAGUUUGAGCUGGCGGAGGAGACCAAGCUGCCCAUGUUCCUCCACUGCAGAAACGCCCAUCACGAGUUCACUGAAAUCAUGAAGAGGAAUCGAGACCGGUGUGUCGGAGGAGUGGUCCACUCAUUUGAUGGGACAGCAGAGGACGCUGCUGCGCUCCUGGACCUGGACCUCUACAUUGGCAUUAAUGGAUGCUCCUUGAAAACAGAGGCCAAUAUUGAAGCCAUGAAGUCGGUCCCCACUGAGAGACUCAUGAUUGAAACAGAUGCUCCGUGGUGUGGCGUCAAAAACACUCACGCUGGCUCCAAACAUGUUAAAACCACAUUUCCCACAAAGAAGAAAUGGGAAACGGGACACUGUCUCAAGGACAGAAAUGAGCCCUGUCAUAUCAUACAAGUUCUGGAGGUGAUGGCAGCUGCGAGGGAGGAGGAUCCACUGGAACUAUCCAACACCAUCUACAACAACACCAUCAAAGUGUUCUUCAGCUCCAGCUGAUGACUGACAAGCAGGCCCUUCGUUAACUUCAGGGGUGAUAGUAAAAAAAAAUCCUGAGCCUGAACUUUUUUUCCCUGGGAGGUAAGCGAGCCCCUAAACCAAGAUAUAUGCCCCGAUCAACACAAUUGUCAUUUUUUGUCCUCUUAAAGUGUAAGUCUGGUGUAAAUUGACCCAUGGUCCUGUUGUCCAAGCUCACCACAUGCAGCCCAUAGAAAACAGAAUGAGUAAAUUGAACAACAUAGGCCAGGGGUGUGAUUCCCUGGGACAUUUUGAUAAAUAGUUCAUUAAAUUGAAUAUUCUGAUGACAUUUGUAGAUUUUCCAUAUUUUUGUAGAUAUGCCUCCACGCUGCCAAACACACACAAACACAACCGCAUGUGAAGCAGUAAAUUGGCUUAGAAUGGCCUAUUUUACUGUCAUGAGGAGGAAAUAUUGUAGAAAAACAUUCAUGUCCACACUAGUAUAAAUACAGGUUUACAUGGCCUCAAAAAAUGAUGCCGUUUACAAUGAGGUGGCAGCACUUAUGAUUCUAAUGUAGGGCUGAACGAUUUUUGAAAAUAAUCUAAUUGCGAUUUUUUUCCUCAAUAUUACGAUUGCGAUUUAAUAUGUGAUUAUUUUUUUUCAAGGUCCUGUUCUCAUGUAUUUUUCAACUACACAAGCAAUAAAUCAGUCUGUUUCAAGUAGAUUU